UUUCAGCCAAUCAGAGACAGAUUUCUCGGCAGACGUCAAAGCGGAGGUUGGUUUAGCCCUUUGUACAGUGAAGAAUUAGCCUGUGCUCAAAGUUAGCUUUCACAGUAGCGGCACAAUGAAUUGUGAUCAUUGACAAUACAUGGAUCCCACAUAGCACUUUCCAGCUCUGACCCCUGACCUCACUGUGAUUGAAAACUCUUGCCAUCAGUGACCUCCUCAUGUGCAUCAUCUUCUUGAAGUUUGACCCUCGGCCUGCAUCCAAAAAUGCCUACAGGCUUAUUCUGGCUGCUAACAGAGAUGAGGUCUACAGCAGACCGUCCAAGGCUGCAGACUUCUGGGGCAGCAACAGUGAGAUCCUCAGCGGUCUGGACAUGGAAGAGGGGAAGGAAGGUGGUUCAUGGCUGGGAAUUAGCAAACGAGGAAAACUGGCAGCACUGACCAAUUACCUGGAAGCCCGGCAAAAUCCAGAUGCCCAGGGGAGAGGUUUCCUGGUGUCCAACUAUUUGACGGAUAACCUGGACAGUUUUGCGUACCUCCGUAAAGUGUCUUCAGAAGCUCAUUUAUUUAAUGGCUUCAAUCUCCUCACUGCUGAUUUCAGGGCCAAUGAAGACACAUUGUGUUACUAUGGAAACAAGGGCAGUUCAGAGCCCAUUCAUCUCAAAGCAGCAGGAAUCUAUGGGUUGAGUAACUCACUUCUGGAAACUCCAUGGAGAAAACUGCAGCAUGGCAAACGGCUGUUCUCCAGUGUAGUGAGCAAAACACUGCCCUCUGAUGGCUUAGUGCAAGAACUGCUCCAUAUCCUCAAUAAUGAGGAGCUAAACACCCCCGACCCCGAGCAGGAGAGUCAAGGUGUGGGCUACAGUAAGGCCAUGCUCCGAGCCCUGUCUGCAGUAUGUGUGCGCUCACCGGGAUACGGCACAAGGACCAAUACAGUUAUCCUCAUCGACCGAGAUGGAAACGUGAGCUUUACAGAGCGCACCAUGCUAAACUGUGACAUCACCCAGUGGAGCACAAAUAGCUUCCACUUCAAACUGCAGGAAUGAGGGCUAGAUGCCAGUCCAAGGGAAGAAGACCCUCAUGCAGUGCCUUUAUCCAGCUCAAGCCAUGCAGCGCCACUGUUUCUACCGAUAUGAACACCAAGACUUUCCUGUUGAAACAGGAAAGCUGUUAAUUAUUACUACAGCUCUGUUCUGAGAGGAAGCUUGAUUGCACUUUUCCUUUUUUCUUUCUAAUUUAGCUCAAUAACCUCACAAGGCUCACAAGGAGGCUCACACGGAAGUUACAACCGCAGACCUCAGAUUUCCAUACAGGUUACAAUAUUUAAAGUCCAUCCACAGAAUUCCACAGAUUUUCCCUCAAAUCAGUGCACAAAGCUCAGCAUAUUCCGUCUGGAUCUACUGUACUCAUGAGGUGUGAUUUUGAGUGCAUGUGAUUCUCUCUUCAUUUGUUAAUGAUUAUAGAAGUAGAUAAGUAUAAAGAAUGUGAAAGUGUUAUUUAUCUACUGAAUCCCAUUUUAUCACAAACUAUCAUUGGCAUGAAAUGCUGUUGGACAGAAUCGUUUGAUGAGCAAGAUGUCUACUGCCAAAGAAAAAUUGUGUCCAUCACAAUCAUUAUGAACACAAGAAAAUAAAUCGUCUUCAUAAUCUUGCACAAUGUAAAAUUUGCUUGCUAUUCGGUGCGGUAGUGAUCCACUGUAAUAACUUUAACUCAGGAACACACUGAAAGCUACUGCCAAAAAAAAAAGGUUUCUUUUUUUAACAUUAAACAGCAUUUUCAAUCAUUAGUUUAAAACAGAUUCUUUUUAAAUUUAAAUGAAAUUUUUUUGUGAUACUAAAUGAAACCAUUUUGAUUUAACUUUGUAAGUGUUCAAAUUUUGAAGUCUGUAUGGUUUGAUAUUUCCAUUGCGGCUUUAUUAAUGUUAUCUGAAUUUUAAGGUUAACGCAUCAAUGCGUUUUAUGUCAGCUGUCAGGAAUCCGAUAUAAACAUGUCAUUUGAUGUCACGUCUUUAGUUGAUAAGUGUGCCUGAAAUUUAGUAUUCAGCUUUUAAAUGACAAUUGCGUCCAAAUGCCUCCUUGUCUGAAUCUGAUAAUAUGCUACUUGGAAAAAGUUGUUUUACUUGCCCUAGAUUAGACCGUAAGUACCGUUCAAAACUAGUCCCUGAUUAGUGUGUCUGUGUGUGUCUCUGUGUGUGUUUUGUCUCUUCAGUUAGUGAAAAACAGAUACAUUUUAGCCAGACACACUUAUCUUGUCUGAACUGCAACAACAUUUUACUACCAAGGUAACUGAAAUCAAGCGUGGGAGCUCUGUUAUUCUGCUCAGUGCAGUGACCUGUGUUAGUUUCUCUUGUCUUCAUGUGUGUGAAGAAUAAAGUAUUUACAGUUCUCCUUAAUAGAGAAGCGAGUUACUGCACAACAUAAAAACAAGCAUGUUGUAAUAGCUAUCUGUCAUCUAAUAUAGGGAUGUGACUGAUUGAGGUCUGCUGCCAUCUAGGGACAUGUAACAUUUUUAUGCCCGGAUGGUGAAGCUGAUCCUAAAUUAAAAUCCAACAAAUUAUUUUA